AUGGGGUACGGCCGCUCUGACAGCUACCGCGUGGCUACCACGCAGGACAAAGGCAAUGAGAAGGGCUCGCCCCAGAAGGGCUCCAAGGGCGCCAAGGCCCGCGACCUCGAUGAACUCAAGAAGGAGGUGGCCAUGCUGUAUCUCGGCAUCGUGCUGGCCGCCGUGGUCAUCAUCACCGGCUGCUUCUCGUACUAUCAAGAGGCCAAAAGCUCCAAAAUCAUGGAGUCCUUCAAGAACAUGGUGCCCCAGGUCCGGAGAGGGACGGGACAGGGGCUGCGAGUCGGGAGCACGGCCCGGGGGGUGGUGAUCGCCACGGGCGACCGCACGGUGAUGGGCCGCAUCGCCACGCUGGCCUCGGGGCUGGAGGUGGGCAAAACCCCGAUCGCGGUGGAGAUCGAGCACUUCAUCCAGCUCAUCACCGGCGUCGCCGUCUUCCUCGGCAUCUCCUUCUUCGUGCUCUCGCUCAUUCUGGGCUACAGCUGGCUCGAGGCCGUCAUCUUCCUCAUCGGUAUCAUCGUCGCCAAUGUGCCCGAGGGACUGCUGGCCACCGUCACCGUGUGCCUGACGCUGACGGCCAAGCGCAUGGCGCGCAAGAACUGCCUGGUGAAGAACCUGGAGGCGGUGGAGACGCUGGGCUCCACCUCCACCAUCUGCUCCGACAAGACCGGGACCCUCACGCAGAACCGCAUGACCGUGGCCCACAUGUGGUUCGACAACCAGAUCCACGAGGCCGACACCACCGAGGACCAGUCCGGCACCGCCUUCGACAAGAGCUCGGCCACGUGGGUGGCUCUGUCACAAAUCGCAGGACUCUGCAACCGCGCUGUCUUCAAGGGGGGGCAGGACAAUGUGCCCAUCCUCAAGCGGGAUGUGGCCGGAGAUGCCUCGGAGUCGGCACUGCUCAAGUGCAUCGAGCUGUCGUCCGGCUCUGUGAAGCUCAUGAGGGAGCGGAACAAGAAGGUGGCCGAGAUCCCCUUCAACUCCACCAAUAAGUACCAGCUCUCCAUCCAUGAGACUGAGGACCCCAACGACAAUCGGUACCUGCUGGUGAUGAAGGGGGCCCCCGAGCGCAUCCUGGACCGCUGCUCCACCAUUGUGUUUAACGGCAAGGAGCAGCCGCUGGAUGAGGAGAUGAAGGAGGCCUUCCAGAAUGCCUACCUGGAGCUGGGGGGCCUGGGCGAGCGCGUCCUUGGCUUCUGCCACUACUACCUGCCCGAGGACCAAUAUCCCAAGGGCUUCGCCUUCGACUGUGAUGAUGUCAACUUCACUACCGAAAACCUCUGCUUCGUGGGGCUCAUGUCCAUGAUCGAUCCCCCCCGCGCUGCUGUGCCCGACGCUGUGGGCAAGUGCCGCAGUGCUGGCAUCAAGGUGAUCAUGGUAACGGGUGACCACCCCAUAACUGCCAAGGCCAUUGCUAAGGGCGUGGGCAUCAUCUCUGAGGGCAAUGAGACAGUGGAGGACAUUGCUGCCCGCCUCAACAUCCCUGUCAGCCAGGUCAACCCAAGGGAUGCCAAGGCUUGUGUGAUCCAUGGUACAGACCUGAAGGACAUGACCACGGAGCAGAUUGACGAGAUCCUGCAGAACCACACUGAGAUUGUCUUCGCCCGCACUUCACCCCAGCAGAAGCUCAUCAUCGUGGAGGGAUGCCAGCGCCAGGGAGCAAUCGUUGCGGUGACUGGGGAUGGUGUGAACGACUCACCAGCACUGAAGAAGGCUGACAUUGGUGUGGCCAUGGGCAUUGCCGGCUCCGAUGUCUCCAAGCAGGCGGCUGACAUGAUCCUGCUGGACGACAACUUUGCCUCCAUUGUCACCGGCGUCGAGGAGGGGCGCCUGAUUUUUGACAACCUGAAGAAGUCGAUUGCCUACACCCUGACCAGCAACAUCCCAGAGAUCACCCCUUUCCUGCUCUUCAUCAUGGCCAACAUCCCCCUGCCCCUGGGCACCAUCACUAUCCUGUGCAUCGACUUGGGCACCGACAUGGUGAGCAGCUUG